AACCGAUGCACACAUUGAAUUAAAUCAAUUCCGACGAAAGCGAAAUUGUGCGCUCGUUGUGUCUGGUGAAAGUUUGGAUGUGUGUUUGCAUUACUAUCAAAGUGAAUUCAUGGAAUUAGCCACACAGUGUCCGGCUGUUGUUUGCUGUCGAUGCAAUCCAACGCAGAAAGCUCAAGUUGUUUCACUGAUCCAUAAACAUACCGAAAAACGUACGUGCGCCAUCGGUGAUGGUGGCUACGAUGUUAGUAUGAUUCAACAAGCCGAUGCAGGCAUUGGAAUCGAAGGACGAGAAGGAAGACAAGCAUCAUUGGCAGGCGAUUUUAGUAUAACUCAAUUUUCGCAUAUUGCCAAAUUAUUGCUUGUGCAUGGAAGACGUUCUUACAAACGAUCGGCUGCAUUGUAACAAUUUGUAAUUCACCGUGGUCUAAUCAUGUCCACGGUGCAAGCUGUGUUUUCUGCUGUUUUCUAUGUCUCAUCGGUGUCAUUGUAUCAAGGUUUUCUCAUGGUUGGCUAUGCAACUAUCUACACAAUGUUCCCAGUGUUUUCGCUUGUACUUGAUCAAGACAUAUGCUCACAAAUGGCAUUAACAUAUCCUGAACUAUACAAGGAGCUGUCAAAGGGGCGUAGUUUGAGCUAUAAAACAUUCUUCAUAUGGGUUUUGAUUAGCAUUUAUCAAGGCGGCGUAAUUAUGUACGGAGCACUUGUUUUAUUCGAAGAUGAAUUCAUUCACAUUGUUUCGAUUAGCUUUUCGGCUUUGAUUCUAACUGAACUUAUUAUGGUUGCAUUGACAAUUCGAACAUGGCACAGGUUGAUGGACAUGGCCGAAAUAUUUAGUUUGCUGCUUUAUGUACUGUCUUUGAUUGCGUUAGAUUGGGACUUCAUUUGGUCAUUCGAAUUCUUGUGGAAAGUGCUGGCGAUUACGUUGGUCUCAUAUUUGCCGCUAUACAUAAUAAAAUUCUUGCGGAAAAAAUUCUCACCGCCUCCAUAUUCAAAAUUGUCAUAAACAAAUUGUGACAGGGACUAGCAAUUGCGCCAAAUUAGCUAAAAACUCAGUACAAGAAAUUAGUUAGAUAAAAGGAUAUAAGACUUAAGAAGAAGUCCCAUCGAUACAAACUCACCAAAAAUGAGUGUACAUCUUAGACAAACGGAUUUCUCUCGA